AGUCAUCGGCAAGCGUCAAAAUUUAUUAUCGUUCGUCUUUCUUCUGGUGGAUGCAAAACAAAUUUUGCGGAAGUUUUUCAAUAAAAUUGUGUAAAAAUGUCGACCGCAGUUGAACCAGCUCGCGAGAAGGCGCUACAAGACUACCGGAAGAAGUUGCUAGAACAUAAGGAGGUGGAAUCCCGGCUGAAGGAGCUACGAGAGUCCUUGAAGGAGUUGACCAAACAGUUUGAUAAAUCGGAGAACGAUUUGAAGGCUUUGCAGAGUGUUGGUCAGAUCGUUGGAGAAGUGCUGAAACAACUGACGGAGGACAAGUUCAUCGUCAAGGCUACAAAUGGCCCUCGAUAUGUGGUGGGUUGCCGCAGGCAGUUGGACAAGACCAAGCUAAAGUCCGGGACUCGAGUGGCGUUGGACAUGACCACGUUGACCAUCAUGAGAUAUUUGCCCCGGGAAGUUGAUCCCUUGGUUUACAACAUGUCUCACGAGGAUCCCGGAGAGGUCACCUACUCGGCCAUCGGUGGUCUGUCCGAGCAGAUCCGGGAGCUGCGCGAGGUCAUUGAAUUGCCUCUGCUGAACCCGGAGUUGUUCCUGCGCGUAGGAAUUACUCCACCUAAGGGAUGUCUCCUAUACGGUCCUCCUGGUACGGGUAAAACCCUUCUGGCCCGAGCUGUUGCCUCGCAGCUGGAUGCCAACUUCUUAAAAGUGGUCUCAUCGGCUAUCGUCGACAAGUACAUUGGAGAAUCGGCUCGUUUGAUUCGGGAAAUGUUCAACUAUGCUAGAGACCAUCAGCCUUGCAUCAUCUUCAUGGACGAAAUCGAUGCCAUCGGAGGGCGUCGUUUCUCCGAGGGAACUUCAGCGGAUCGUGAAAUUCAGCGUACCCUGAUGGAGCUGCUGAACCAGAUGGAUGGCUUCGACUCGUUGGGCCAGGUUAAGAUGAUUAUGGCCACCAAUCGCCCGGAUACGUUGGAUCCCGCUUUGUUGCGCCCGGGUCGUUUGGAUAGGAAAAUCGAGAUUCCACUUCCUAAUGAGCAAGCUAGAUUGGAAAUCCUGAAGAUCCAUGCCGGUCCAAUUGCCAAGCACGGUGACAUCGACUACGAGGCAGUGGUCAAACUGUCCGACAACUUCAACGGGGCCGAUUUGCGUAACGUGUGCACCGAGGCUGGACUGUUUGCCAUCCGGGCCGAGCGCGAGUACGUCAUUCAGGAGGACUUCAUGAAGGCUGUCCGGAAGGUCGCCGACAACAAAAGACUGGAAAGCAAGCUGGACUACAAGCCGGUAUAAGAGGGGCCAGUGAUCGCAUCUACGCAUAGCGCAAGUAUAAUCAGUCUUUUUUUCCUUUUACUUCAUAUAUAUUAAUCGUAUGUAAUGAAUCAUUUCA